AUGGCUUCACUGGCAGAGAACGACGCCACUGGGCUGCUCCUGAAAUAUAUUCCUCUCUCCGAGAGAAAAGCAGCAAUCGUUAAUGUGGCUGCGCAGCUUACGGCAUCGAGUACUUUCAAUGAUGUCGGUAUACUAGCUUCGCUCCUUCAGAUGCAGCCGGAGUCGACUGCAAUGCAAACGCUUGUUGAUAAUUUAAGCACCCGAAUCACAAAUGGACAAGCUCAGACUGUUUCCUUGCUUUGCGAGGCAUACCCAGAUCUGCGGGAGCAGGUUGUGUGUGACUCAAUCUCUAAAAUAGAGCGUGCUGCUGCAUUGGUCCAGCACGACAGGAAAUGGAGUGCUGUGCCAAUGGCGGCAUCAAAUGCUACUGGAGAACAGGACGUAAGAGGCAGCCCAGCGGACCCAGAUGAGCAUGCCAAAACCACUUUCGCCGAGGUUGCGUUACAUUUGGCCUCCGUUGGCGCGAACUUGAGCUCCUCCACUGGGGGCGCCAGUGGCCUUAUUCUGUUCAGAUCCUGUCUGAUCCUGGUGGGCGCACUCGACAUCAAACUCGCGUUAGAAGCUCAAAGAAUAUUGUCCCGGAUCAUAAGCGAAAGCGGAACACUGGCUUCUUCUGAGCAGCACAGCAUCUGGUUAAGGAUACAGGAGCUCCUGGAUGCGAGCGACAAACAGUAUCAAUUCAUCGGAUCCACUCUUUGGCUUCGGCUAGCUUCGCCCUCAACAGCGAUUGAUGUAUCGAUAUUAAAAGACCCAAGAUACUGGCAGCUCCUGGUACAGGGACUGCGACAUGGCGACUCGGAACGACGGAAAAGCACACUGCAGAUUUUGAGAGCCUCAGUUGAUGUAGCGGCUGGAACACCUAAUUUGACAUCAUAUAUCGUGGCGGAAGACCAUCAAGGUAUAGAUAGUUCCAAGAUUCGCCAGCAAUACAGCAGAUUCUGUACGAUUUUCGAAACCAUCGUCCUCGGGAGGUAUCUCAACCAGGUCCAGCAAUGUGAACCAGAUCUGGACUUCCUCACCUCGUCUCAAUCACUCAUCAAGCCCGUUUGGUUCUAUACGCUACUAGCGUGUGCUCUCGAUCAUAAAAUCCAGGACUCGAACCGGAAGUUCAUUGGAAACUGGAUUCUCAGGUCUCAGCUCAGGGUAGAUGACCACCACGAGUUCAUUUCUUUUCUGCAGGAAACAUUACUCCCGUGGGCAAUGCAGGGGUACCUGUUCACAUCAUCUCUUCGCUACAACAAUAAUGAAGUUUUGGUCUGCAGGCAUGGUGAAACGUUGGCAGGAUAUCUAACGCAAUUGCUCCGCCGUCAAGAACUUCAGCGCGGUGAUAUCGUAGAUGCAAUGCUUGACAACGUUCUCAGGAAAGCCAACAACAAUUUUGCGUACGCCAUGGUGUACAUCUUCGAAGGACUUGGACGAGCUCUCGAUUCUGAUCAACCUCCAAAACUUGAUGCUUCGCAUUUGGAAAAAGCCAAUAAGAUGGUGGUUUGGACAGGUCUAUUGCCCGAAGCCGCUCGGGAUUUCAUUCUCGCGAGGUUAUGGAAAAUGUGCUACGACUACUGCAGUCAUCAGCAGGGAGAAGGAGCAAGCCAGGUGAUCGUAGACGCUGCUGUAAUGUGGGAGAAGACGAUCUCGAAGGCGCUGAGCCUUGAGAGCAAUCGAUCGGCACAGCUUCAUGGUUCGAUAUCUUCAUUAUCUCCAGAACGAUCUCGAAGAGAUCUGAACGAAGCCGAAACCAUCAAGAAGUGCUCACGCAUUGUUGAACGCCUGGCAAACGAAGACAAGUCUUUAAACUCUACAGAGCUUGUUACGCAGCUCGAGGAUAUAUGGAGUGACCUGGAGUAUCUCGAGUUUCCCAGCCAUCUUCUCACAGCCAUUCCCGGUGUGCUGCUACAUCAUAAUCUUCCAAGCAUCAUGCAACACGAUGAUAUCUUGUCUGAGUCGCAAGAACACUUGCAAACCAUGAUUAGAAACCUUCUCAAGCAAUCUGACAGCAAGGCGUACCUGCUUUACCCACUCCUACAACAGAUCAGGUUGAACCUCGUCCACAUGGCGAUAGAACCUACAUUUCUCAACAUUGAGGAAUUCACCGUCCAUCUUGCAGAACAGCCGCCGGCUCCGACCGUCGAUGCAUUGCUUGAGGACUGCACCGCCAGACUGAUUUCAAACAUCAGUGUAGAGACCAAGGUCUUCGAUCACGAGUUUUACUGCGGCAAACGUGAGAGUCAUGGAUUCGCAGCCUUCCUCGACCUGGUCAGCCGUAUCGAAAAGAUCGAGAUCGGUGCCUCUGAGAAAAUCUCACAGCGCUUGCUGCAACGAUGGCUGAGACAAAAAACUCCCCCACCGACUGUUAGCCAAUGGAAGACUGUACUACAAUUGCAAGUUUUGCUGCUUUGCUUGGAGCAAUACAUUCCCGCAGUUAGUGCUGCUGACGCGGAGCGUGUGCUGAAGGAUCUCCACUACAUUCUCUCCAUAGAGCCGCUACCGACUUAUCGAUAUCUGGUGGAAUGGAUGAUAGCCAGGAUCCAUCUCCACCACGAAGAUCUGAGACAUGUUCUGCUGUCUGAGCUACGAGUGCAAGACCAUCACGCCAAUCCCAAAUUCCUGGCUUCCCUGAUGAAGAUUGGCGUCUCAGUCGCCAAAGCACCCAACUCGACAGAAAACUUCGGGUUGGACCUGAUGGCAAUCUUCGUCACACUUUCAGCAUCGUCCAAAGUGGUGAUCCGCCACGAAGCUCAAUGGCAAAUACCAGUCUUGCGUGACCUGGCGAUUGUCAGGAAGUGGGACGCGGUCCGUGAUGACACGACUUUCAAGGCUUUAGACGACUUUGUGCGCAGUCUGCAGAGAUUUGGAGACCCACCUCUCGACCGUCGAAUUGACAAGCUAGAUCCGGUCGCGGACCAUAAUCUCACCCAUUUAGUUGAAGGAACAUGGUACGAGCUCGAUAACGUUGAAAAGAGACAGACCAAUCACGAGUGCUUCGUCAGCCUUUACGCCUCCGAUGCGCAGCUUCCAGUUGAAGCUAAGGCCGCAUCUUGCAUGCCCCUCGGCGACGCGAUAGUGGACACGACCACAUCGACAAGUGUAUCAAAAGGACUCACUGAAUCCGAUAAAGUCCUGCAGAACAUUGAGAAUAUCACUCAAGCUCUGGGUAGCGUCUCCAAUUCGACUAUCCUGCAGACGAAAGGAGCCGCCUACCUUGAAAGUUCACGCAAGCGCCACUCAAAUCUUCUCGUGAUCGCCUCGCUCAUUGAUAACCCAUACAAUUUGGGUGGACUCUCUCGCGUUAGCGAAAUUUUCGGCGCAGGAGGUCUGUUCAUGUCCCAUACACAAGUCACAUCGAAUCGGGAGUUUUCCGGCGUCAGCGUCUCCUCGCACUUACACCUGCCUCUCCACUCGCUUCCGCCAAACCAACUGCAAGGCUUCCUCGUCGAGAAGAAGCAGAAGGAAGGCUUCGUGGUCUGCGGAAUCGAACAGACUGAUCGCAGCGUCAUGCUGGGUUCUGUCGAGUGUGCUCUACCGGAGAAGUGUAUCCUCGUCAUGGGCAGCGAGAAGGAGGGCAUUCCGGCGCUUAUCCUCAGCGAGUGUGAUGUGCUGAUUGAAAUACCGCAGAUCGGUAUCACCCGGAGUUUGAAUGUGCAGACGGCGGCAGGAAUUGUGCUUUGCGAAUAUGCGAAACAGCAUAGACUAUAG